AUGGAGGUUGCAUGCAGCAUAGUUGUUCUUCUCCUGAUAUCGGCUACUGCACAAGCAGCAGGAGCAGCAAGAAAGCCUGCUCUUGGUUACACCGAAUACAGCGUAAUAGGUCUUAGCAUAUUUUUUGUGGUUUACUCACUGAUCGGUGGAUUACUAUGUUUAAUCCUCUGCAAAACUAAGGUCAAGAAAGUGGAAUCUGAGCCCAUAGACAACAAACAUGGAGACGUUUUCAGAAUGUUGAACUAUGAUGGACAUAUGGCUUAUGAAGACAUAAUAAAAGCAACAAGAGGUUUUGAUGUCAGUUAUUGCAUUGGGAGAGGGAAUUAUGGCAGUGUGUACAAAGUGCAAUUGCCAAGUGGGAAAGUAGUGGCUGUGAAAAAGCUUCACCAUUUGGAAGGCAAGAAUCCAAAUUAUGAUAAGAGCUUUAGGAAUGAAGCCCGCAUGCUAUCCAGAAUCCGGCAUCGAAACAUUGUAAAGCUCUUUGGAUUCUGCCUGCACCAGAGAUCCAUGUUUUUGAUUUAUGAGUAUAUGGACAAAGGAAGCUUGUUUUGUAUCUUGAGAGAUGAAAUUCAAGCUGUGGAGCUGUUGUUUUGUCAGAGCCGCAAGCUUUGACUUGUGGCAUAAUUUUUUCAUUUCCUUCUCAUCCCACAUCGGAGCCUGCUGAAGAGAAGUCGGCUACUCGAGGCCUAUAAAUAGAAGGGUCCAUUGAAGGAUUUAACUUGCACCACUUAAGAGAGUUAUAUGGGCUAUUAGCUUCUUGAGUCAUUUAGCCCA